ACCAAGACUUUUAAAAUUCAUGGAUGGUGGUGGGGGACAUGUCACUAGUGGUGGUUCAAUCUGCAUGGAUCUUUUAACCCUUGGAAAUGCUGCUGAAGCUAGAGCUGGAUGGUCAUCGGCAUACACAAUCGAGGCUGUCUUAUUACAGGUUAAAAUGGCUUUGAGUUCACGGGAUCCAAGACCAGCUAGAUUAGAUCGCAAUUGGAAUAGUGAAUAUAGUGCUAAUGAAGCUAUUGACGCAUAUAUAAGAGUAGCGAAUAGUCACGGUUGGACCAUUCCCAAUCAAUGGGCAUCUUUGUUUGGUCGUUAG